AUGGCGCAGGGACAGGAGGACCAGAGGGCCGCCUUCGCGAAGUUCUGGCAGGCGGUCCAGCUCGAGGAGGCGCUCGGCCCCACCGAGGCGGCGGCCAGGGCGAUCGAGCGCAUGAGGUCUGGGGCCCCGGCCCCCGACUUCUACACAGGCAACACGUCCGCCCCAUCCCUGCAGUCGCUGGAUCUGGCCUCGGUGGAGGGCCUCGAGCAGGCGGUUUCCUCCUUCAGGGACCCCUUCCUGCUCGGCACUGCGUUCCCGUUGGAGCGGGCGCAUCCCAUGGAGGUGGACUCCGAGGCGGCUCCCCCGGGAGGGCACAUCCCUGCGGUCGACCUGCCGGCGCUGAGGGCGUGGUACGAGAAGGUGGCGCAGUUUGAGCCCGCGCCGCGGGAUCCCGAGGGCGACGCCAGCAUGAGCGAGCCGCUGGGCCAGCUGGAGCGCCUGCUGGAGGCGUGCGGCGACCUGACCAGCGCCCUGGCGAGGAAGCUCGUGAGGCCGCGCCGGAGCGACGGCACCUGGUCUGGCGAGCCGUUCGGCUACCCGGAGAUCUUGCCCAGCUUCCUGGACUGCCCUCAGGGCCUGCGGCUCCUCGUUCUGAUUCUGUUUCACCCCAGCCUCGGUGACCCCGACAGCUACAGCCAGUGGCACCGCGUGCUGCGAGGCUUCAGGAUCCUGAAGCCGGAGCACCGUGACACACUGGCGGCCUGGUUUGCCGACGAGAGGAAUGUGUCGUUCGAGGAGUUCCAGGAGAUCGUGCAGAACCUCCAGCAGCUGAUCACCAUAGAAUUCCUCAACGAGUUCUCCGCCUCGGACAUGCCACCGGACGCACAGGCCCGGGCCGACCACAUUCCGGAGCAGGUGUGGACCUACUUCGUGGCGCGGACGUCGCAGAAGUGCAAGAACGCGCUGUGCUGCAUCGACGUGUUCUGGAGGGCCAACCUGAGGAAGCGCGAGGCGCGGAAGCGGUGGCGCCGGGCAGAGCUCACGAGGGGGACCGCGGCCGUGGUCGGCGGUGAGGGCAGGGGGCCGCCGCCCAGAUGUCUGAAGGACGAGGAGUUCUUCAACGACGCGCUGAACAGCUGCGAGAGGAUCUUGGCCCACGAGUUUGACCACUCCAUGCUAUUCGAGCACAUAGAGGCGGAGCGGGACAUGACGCUGAUGCAGCAGCCGCCACGGAGAGCGAGCAGCCUGCAGGAGAUCGAGCGGAAGGCGGUGGUGAACAACGACACCUUCGGCUUGUUAGCACACCCCUUCUGCCUCGACGCCAGUAACAAGUGCAGGUUUCUCAUGUUCGACUCGUCCACGAGGCAGCGGAUCGAGACGAGGCAGGAGGUCAUGAAUCAGGUUAUGCAGGGCCACAGGCGAGUGAACCCCUACCUUGUUAUCAAGGUCAAGAGGGACGAUAUCGUCCAAGACACUCUGCAUAGUAUCGCGCGGCUGAAGCCAUCGGAGUUCCGGAAGAAACUCAAGGUUCAGUUCCAGGACGAAGAAGGGAUCGACGAGGGCGGCGUGAAGAAGGAAUUCUUCGAGCUGCUGGUGGAGAAGCUGUACGACCCGAAUUACGCGAUGUUCACUUAUUCAAAACGCCUACGAGGACUCUCAAGGGAAUUGGGGACACUCCACUCAGUGCCUCGCGGCACGGUUGCGGAUAACAGUAAUAACAAGACGUACUGGUUCAACCCUGGGAGCUUCGAGUCGAACAUGCAAUACGAGAUGUUUGGGGCACUGCUCGGCAUGGCGAUCUACAACCAGGUCAUCUUGUCCAUACGCUUCCCCCUGGUGAUCUAUGAGAAGCUGCUGGUCGACGACCCAGCCGGUUUCAUCCCGGGCACCCUCGACACCCUGAUGGACAUCCAGCCGGUCUUGGCCAAGUCGUUGACGGAGAUGCUGGAAUUCGAAGGGAAUGUGGAGGAGGUGUUCUGCCGCAACUUCGUCGCCAGCUACGAGAACUUCGGGGCCGUGGUGGAGGUGCCGCUGAAGGACGGCGGCGACACCAUCCCAGUGACCAACGCGAACAGGCACGAGUACGUGGACCUCUACGUCAACUGGUUCCUCAACCAGAGCAUCCACGAGAAAUUUAGCAGCUUCAAGCUCGGCUUCCUCAGGUGCAUGGAGGUGGAGGAGGACCGGCCCUCGCCCGCCGACGCGGUGCCGUCCGCCGCCGCCGGCGCCCGGGCGAGGACCGCGAACAUGUUCCUGAGGCUGUUCCGGCCCGUCGACCUGGAGCUGCUCGUGUGCGGCAAUCCCGUCCUCGACUUCCACGAGUACAGGAGCAACACGGACUACACCGACGGGUACGACGCCAGCUCGGACCAGUGCAGGUGGUUCUGGGAGAUCGUGCUCGAGAGCUUCGACGAGGACCAGCGCCGGGAGCUUCUGACGUUCGUCACGGGCAGCGAUAGGGCCCCGCCAAAGGGCCUCGGCGCCCCCGAGGCGAGGCUGACGAUCAGCCGGCAGGGCCCAGACUGCGAUUCCCUGCCCACGGCGCACACCUGCUUCAACCACCUCCUGAUCCCUGCGUACCCCAGCAAGGAGAAGCUGGAGGCCAAGCUGAGGCUCGCCAUCACCUUCAACCAGGGCUUCGGGAUCGCGUAG